CUGGUAGCAGAAGACGCGAGAAGCGAUGAAUACUGACCCUAUGCAGAACCAAAAUUCUGUUGAAACCCUCCCCGAGCAGCUUAAACGUCUGUACAAAUUCCAAGACGGGUCAAAUGAUGUCUCAACCAUGCGUGGAAGUGUGUUUGAGGAUGCGGACGCGGCUGCCAAUGGAUCAUUGCAUUCGAAUCAGUGGCCCCAAUCCUUAGAUAGGAGAGAUCUUGGCAGUUCAUCGAGUAACUGGAUCCGUCUGAAUGUUGGUGGCAAGAUCUUUCAAACAACUCGCGACACGCUUAUGAAAGUCCCUGGCUCUUUUCUUUAUCGCCUGUGUCAGGACGACAAAAGACUACCGAGUGUCAAGGAUGAAACCGGUGCAUACCUAAUUGAUCGUGAUGCGGAUUAUUUUUCAACCGUUCUUAAGUACCUGAGACAUGGUCGACUUAUCAUCAAUCCGGGUCUUGCUGAAGAAGGAGUUCUCGAGGAAGCUGAAUUUUACAAUCUUCCUCAGCUCGUUCAUCUCCUCAACGAAAGAAUCCAUGAGAAAGAAAGAAGUGCUACUGAAGCUGGGAGAUUCAAAAGUGUUUAUCGCGUCAUACAAUGUCACGAAGAGGAGUUGACAACCUUUAUCUCAGCUACUAGCGAUGGCUGGAAAAUUGUUCAGGACGAGGAAGACUUCAGCAGUGAUUAUAACGUCGUCGAUCGGGUUGUUGGCCUCGGUCUAGGCAAUGACGGCCUAGAGUAUGCUCCCAUCAACUGGAAAAGUCUUCCUUAUGAUGAGGUGACUUGGGAGCAAGUGGAAAGAGUCCCUGAGGACAAGACUGCUGAUUGGAAUAAGAUCAUGGACAAGGCAAAAGUGAGAGAGAAAGCAAGACCAAAAGCUAGUGAAUGGAGCAGGAUGCCGAAAGCCAUCGUGUAG